CUAAAUUAAUCGAUGGGGAUUGCAAAUUUUUAAUUUUGUGUAUAAAAAGCUUGACAACUCGUUACAAGUGCAUCAGUUACUUCUUUGCUCUUUAUUUGAACAGUGUGAAAUAAAAUCCUAUAAGCUUACAAUGAGUUUGCUUAAAGUUGCAGUUUUCGCCGCACUAGCCCUUUGUGCUAGCGCCGAGCCUAAACCAAACCCAGGAGUUGUGGCGGCCCCAGUCGCCCCAGUGGCAUACUCAGCACCCCUAGUUCAAGCUCCAGUUUUCGCUAGAGCAUAUGCUGCCCCUGUAGCCUACAAUGCACUUUCUGCCCCAAUUGUUGCUAGAAGUUUCGCCGCUCCAGUUGCCGCUGCCUAUACUGCUCCAGUUGCUGCCGCUUACGCUACUCCAUUUGCUGCUCCGGUUGCCGCUGCAUAUUCUGCUCCUAUUGUAGCUGCACGUGCUGCCCCAGUAGUAGCGGCUGCUGCUGCCCCAGUAGUUGCUGCUCGUGCUGCUCCAGUUGUUGCUGCCGCUGCCCCGGUUGUUGCUGCCGCGGCUCCAGUUGUAGCUGCACGUGCCGCUCCCGUCGUUGCUGCUCCAGUUCAGGCUGAGUUCACGGAUUCUUAUCCACAGUACCAAUACGCAUACAACGUUCAGGACACUCUGACUGGUGACUCAAAAACUCAGGAAGAAACUCGUGAUGGUGAUAUUGUCAAGGGAUCAUAUUCUCUGAUUGAACCAGACGGUAGCCGUCGUAUUGUGAACUACUACGCCGACCCAAUCAACGGAUUCAACGCAGUCGUGCAAAAGGAUGUUCCAGUUGCAUUCGCAGCCAAGACCGUUGUAGCUCCUGCAGUCGCCGCUAAAGCCGUUGUAGUCUAGAAAUGCCCAUCCACUUCCAGGCCAGAACUAGGAUCAGUCUGAAUAUGCUGUGUAUAUAGGACCAAUUACCGAGUGUAAAUAGUUGAGAGGACUCCGGUUUCACCACCAAUGUGCAGCUUUAAGCAAUCACUCAUCUGUACAUAAUUUCCACUGUUGAAAAUCAUUUCUGCUUGAAGUCACGCACUAUGUACAGCUUCGUUUUAGGUAAUAAUAAAAAACACGAAAUUGCAACGCUUAUUUUACAAAAAAAAAUCUUCCUAGUUGUGUUUCAAUUAUAUUAUUUCAUUGUAUGGCAUACUCAAGUGAAAUCUA